CCACCUACGCGCGUUCCAAUUUUGUCGUUGAAAUUGAGUUCUAUAAGAUCCAUGCGGUCGGUGCCUGACACUGAAUAUAAUACAGCGUCCCGACGACAUAUUGUUCCAUCCUUCACCUGUUCUCCCCCCCUCCCGUCAACAUGGGCAAAGGUUACAACGCGCGUAUCGCCUCGAAUCCAUAUAUCGUCGGUACGUUCGCAUGUAUCGGUGGAGGCCUCUUCGGUCUGGACAUAUCUUCUAUGUCCGCAGCGUUGAACAACCCCGCGUACACGAACACCUUCAACAACCCCACUGCCAAUGCACAGGGUGCCAUCGUCGCUUCUAUGCCCGCUGGGUCCCUGAUUGGAGCCCUUUCUGUUACCUACCUUGGUGACAAGCUUGGACGCAAAAAGACGAUCAUCCUUGCUGCUCUUUUCUGGGUCAUUGGUUCUAUUCUCCAGUGCGCGUCAGUCAACCGUGGCAUGCUCGUCGUUGGCCGUAUUAUCUCCGGUAUCUCCGUCGGUAUCGCUUCUACUGUUGUUCCUGUCUAUCAGUCCGAGAUUGCUGCACCUGAAAUCCGCGGUCGCCUGGUUGCCUUCCAACAAUGGUCUAUCACUUGGGGUAUCUUGCUUCAGUACUUCGUUCAGUUCGGUUGUUCGUACAUAAAUGGUACUGCCUCAUUCCGUAUCCCAUGGGGUCUCCAGAUGAUCCCCGCCAUCAUUCUUGCUCUCGGUAUGAUAGCGUUUCCCGAGUCCCCCCGUUGGCUCGUCGAUCAUAACCGCGAGGCAGAGGCUUUGGAGAUUCUUGCUGACCUCCACGGUGGAGGCAACCAACAGGAUGACCUCGUCGUUCUAGAGUUUGAGGAAAUUAAGUCACAGGUUUACUUCGAACGAACCGAAGGUGCCAAGUCCUGGUCAGACCUUCUCAAGCCCGGUGUGUCGCGCCGUGUCGUCCUUGGCUCAUCUCUUCAGAUGUGGUCUCAGCUUACUGGUAUGAAUGUUAUGAUGUACUAUGUCGUUUACGUCUUCGAGGGUGCCGGUCUUACUGGUCGUCGCGCGAAUCUUAUUGCAGACUCUGUGCAAUAUGUUCUUAACGUCUCCUUCACUGUCCCUGCAAUAAUUUACAUCGACAAAUGGGGACGUCGCCCGAUGUUUAUUUACGGUUGUCUCAUCAUGGGCUUCUGGCUCUACCUCGUCGGUGGUCUCCAGGCCCGCUUCGGCCAAUGGGGAACUCUCAACGGUGCUACUACAUGGGUGGUAGUCAACAACCCCGCCGCCACAAAAGCCAUAAUCGUGUGUUCCUACUUUUUCGUAUCUUCCUUCGCCAUUACGAUGGGUCCCGCCUCCUGGGCCUACCCUGCCGAGAUCUUCCCCAUGCGUGUGCGCGCCAAGGCUGUCUCUCUCUCCACGGCCACGAACUGGUUGUUCAACUUCGCUUUGGCAUGGGCUGCACCUCCGAUGUUGGCCAACAUCCAGUGGAAGACGUAUUUCGUGUUCGGGACGUUCAACUUCGCAGCCUGCAUCCAUUUCUUCUUCUGCUUCCCCGAGACAGCACAACGUUCGUUGGAGGAGAUCGAAGAUGUGUUCGCACAGGGCCACGAGUACAGCGCCUGGGCUGUGUCGAGGUCCGUGGGCAAGAAGGACUUGGCGGAUGUACUUGCACACAAGGUGGAUGAGAAGGAGUCAGUUGAUGCUUAAGGGGUUAAAGGCAUGUUUUAAACUUGCUCAUUUCCUGAUUCUUGGUAACAUUUAAUAGUUUACUGUAUUUGUUAAGCACUGCUAUUAGCAUAAGCAUUGAGCAUCACAACUGGCAAUGAUGAUACACGUUUUAUGAUCCUACACGCCAGCAAUGAUUUAUCGCAAGCGUACUACAUAGGUCUGCAUAAGUGCAUUUCAGAAUAACAUCUACAUAGUUCCGGAGCCCCUCUUUGUCUUGACGUCCGUUGACCGCACAUUUGAAUACACGAAGUACUU